CCUGCUCCCUGCGCGUCCUCCCCUCCCUACCCUCGCCCGCUUGCCAUGGACGGGCCCGCCGAGCCCCGGAGCCGGGCCCUGUGGGACACCUACGAGAACAACAUCUCAGAAAUCAGCCAGAAGUUGUCAGGAGAGUACUUCAGGUACAAAGGCAUUCCCUUCCCCGUCGGCAUCUACUCACCUGAGAGUAUCAGCAUCACGGAGAACGCCGAGGUGCAGGACGACGACAUCUUUAUCAUCACCUAUCCCAAGUCAGGCACUAACUGGAUGAUUGAGAUCCUCAGCUUAAUCCUAAAGGAUGGGGACCCCUCCUGGAUCCGCUCAGUGCCCAUCUGGAACCGGGCGCCCUGGUGUGAGACCAUCAUGGGUGCCUUCAGCCUCUCUGACCAGCCCAGCCCCCGCCUCAUGAGUUCCCACCUCCCCAUCCAGCUCUUCACGAAGGCCUUCUUCAACUCCAAGGCCAAGGUGAUCUACAUGGGCCGGAACCCCCGGGAUGUGGCAGUCUCACUCUAUCAUUACUCCAAGAUCGCCGGACAGUUGAAGGACCCUGGCACGCCUGACCAGUUCCUGCAGAACUUCCUCAAAGGCGAAGUGCAGUUCGGCUCCUGGUUCGACCACAUUAAAGGCUGGAUUCGGAUGCAGGGCAAAGAGAACUUCCUGUUUAUCACCUACGAGGAGCUGCAGGAGGACCUCCAUGGCUCCGUGCAGCGUGUCUGCCAAUUCCUGGGCCGGCAGCUGAGCGAGGAGGCACUGAGCUCCGUCGUGGCGCACUCGGCCUUCAGUGCCAUGAAGGCCAACACCAUGUCCAACUUCACACUGUUGCCCCUCAGCCUGCUGGACCAGCGCCAUGGUGCAUUCCUCCGGAAAGGAGUCUGCGGAGACUGGAAGAACCACUUCACGGUGGCGCAGAGCGAAGACUUCGACCGCGUUUACCGCGAACAGAUGAGGGGGAUGCCAACCUUCCCCUGGGACGAAGACUCCGAGGAUGCCAGUGCGGACCCCGACUCCAGCCCCAGCCCAAGCCAGGCUUCCGAGACCCCCCACCCGUGACCCUGAGAAUAAAUGCAUCGCUCCUGCCCCGGCUCCUCAAUGUGCU